CUCAAGUGUCUCAGUUUGAGAAAGAGACAGAGAGGAAACAGAAGACUUUGCUUACUUUCCCCGGGCUGUCCUGCCUCCUCUGCAUAAGCUGUAAUCAUGGCCAGAAACCUGCUGUCAAAUCCCAGUGGGGAAGAGGAGCUGGAUUUCUGGGAGCUGACGGAGAACGGCGGGAACCAGUGGAAGGUGGAGGACAUGCCAGGAGACUGUGGCCACGACUUCUGCAAAGACGGAGUGACCAAGUACUUCGCAACCUCGUAUGAGCUGUGUCUGAAGAGACAGGUGAUCGACUUGUUGUUGGAGGGUUACAGCUCUGAACAGCUGGAUGCUCAGCCUGCCGUCACAGUGGAGGACUGGUAUUGUGGGAGGACAGACUGCGGCUGCACUUACCAAAUGACCGUGUGUCUGCUGGAUGAGAACAAGGAGGUCAUACAGGAGUUCAAACCUGAGCCGGUGACUCUCAACCCCGAGUCUGAUGACUGCUCGUGGAAACAGGUCAGCCAUACGUUUUCUGAAUACGGCACCGGAUUGCGUUUCAUCUCCUUUGAACACGGAGGACAAGACACCAAGUACUGGGAUGGCUGGUUUGGAGUGCGGGUCACCGGGAGCUCUGUCACUAUUGAAGUCUGAUCGAAGGGAAAACAGAGUGAGAGGAGAGCAAGAAACCCUGAAGGGUGAAGGAGGAAGAUGGGGUGGGUAGAGAACUGGUGUAAUAUGAGGGCACCAGAGAGACUGACUGGAGGCUUCGAGGUUUCAACAGGACUAGCUUUGCCCUUGCACCGAUACUGUAGCUUACACCUCUGUAGAGUGGGUUCUGACAGCAUUCACACCCCUUUAUUUUUUACAUACUUUAUUGUUGUAAAUUUUAAUUUUACAUAAAUAUCCCAUAAUGACAAAGUGAAAAAAAAUGUUUCGACAUUUUUGCAAAUGUCUAAUCUUGUAGUCAGUAUUCAGACCCUUUCCUGUGGUGCUCAAGUCGAAAACACUUAAAUCUGCUUAAAGGUGCAUCCUGUCUCCUUUAAUUAUCCUUGAGAUGUGUCUAGAACUUGACCGGAGUCCAUUUGAGGUAAACUGAAUUGAAUAGACAUAUGUAUAUAAGGUCACACACACAAAAACCAAGUCAUGAAGUGCAAGGAACUCUAUGUAGACCUCCAUGAUAAAACUGUGGCUGAGCUUUGAGUGACAGCAGGAGAACAGUGGCUUCAAUAAUUGCAACACGGAAGAGAUGAGGGAACAUGGUGGUGGAAACGCCAGGCUGUGGGGGGCUUCUCACUGGUGAGAGAUUUAAUUGAAGAAAACCUACUCCAAAGUGCACGUGACCAGAGACUGGGGUGACUGUUCACCUUUCAACACGACAAUGACCCAAAGCAUACAGCCAAGACAACACUGAGUGGUCCAGACUUAAACCCUAUAGAACAUCUGUGAAGAUUGCAGCUCCGAGACGCCUCCCAACCAAUCUGAUGGAGCUUGAAAGGAUCUGCUAGAAAGAAUGGGAUAAACUGCCCAAAUCCCGGUGUUCAAAGCUUGUGAAAAAGACUCAAAUAGACCCGAGAACACUCAAAGCUGUAAUUGCUGCCAAAACGUCUUCUACAAAGUACUGAGUUAAGUUUCUGACAACUUUUGAAUCAGAGAUUUCACUUUUUUCUUUUUAGUAAAUUCGGAAAAAACAUGUUUUACAUUGUCAUUAUGGGUUAUUGAGUCUAGGUUGAUGGGCAAUUAAAUCUACAACACAAUAACGUGUGCAAAAAGCGAAGGGGUCCGGAUACUUUCGAAGGCCGCUGCACAUUGUAUCACAUAUAUAUUGCUGUUCAUGCUGUGGAAAUAAAGGCCGCAGUUCACUAACCUGUGAAACACCACAAGACACUGUCAUAGUGGCAGGCAGCUUGGCUUUACUAACUUUAAAAUCACUGCUUACAACAAUCAUGAUCUGUUAAACUACUACCUCUGCACAGUGGCUGAUGGUGGGGCUCGACUACACGACUUGUUUGGUGGGUGGGGGUGUCUUAAGCAAUCAAAUGGUUUAUCAUUCAAAUGUGGAUUAAAACGAUGAA